UCUCCUUCCCGUGAUUCGGUUCCGCUUGCCAAGGCAAAAACCGGGGCAAAACACGAACAGGUUGCGAGCACUCUUUCCCCGUCCGUCCGGUGGAACCGUGAAUCUCUCGACCACCACGUCACGCUUGGUAUUGCUUUUCUUGAACGUCUCGCUUCCCGCGAUUCCAUCGCUUCGCUCGCUAUUACCCCACCCCCGCGUAUAGAGCUCCCGCAACCGUCCUUCACUUCCUCCUUCGUUCUCCCCAUAAUUCAAGAAAAUGCUGCUCGCCUGAACCCGGGUCGUUUUCGGCAUCGAACGAGACGAAUUCUUCCUUUUUCGAUAAGGGAAAUUCGGAAGACGCGCGAGAGAAGAUGGAGAUGGGGCUCGUGGGGCUUCUGAGGGCGGCAUGGGUUGCUGCGAUCUUGCCUUUGCUGCUCGCCUCCUUGCCGUUGCCAGGGCUCGGCCGGCUUCACGAGGCCGUGAUGGGGUUCGCCAGGAGGGGCAAUAUCAUGCAGUCCUCUUCGUGCAAGUUUACUGUCCCUCAAAGGUUCUUCACUCAUUUGUACGCACUAGCUGUCCUAUGGACAGGGCUUCUGCUUGCUGCAACAUGGCUAUAUGCAUAUGAAAUGGCACCUAUUGCCUCAGAGCCCUUUCUUUAUUCCUCUAUUACUAGCCACUUGACAGGUGGCUUGCAUCUUUUUACACUGCAUAGAACUCGUUCAACUCCACUAAAGCAUAGAUACAUGGUUUGGAAGUCUGUGUUUCUGCUUCUGUUAAUGGAGAUUCAAGUUUUGAGGCGCCUUUACGAGAAUAUAUACGUCUUUAAGCACAGCCCUUCAGCUCGGAUGCACAUAUUUGCCUAUCUAACUGGACUUUUUUUCUAUACUGCUGCGCCAUUGUCACUUAGUAGCAAUUUUGCAGUGGAAGUAUAUGAAUUUUCAGCCAAUCUAGUGUCUGAGUUCAUUGUUAGAGGCAAAGAUCAGAUGGCCUCCAGCGAAUUCGAUUUGUGGGAGUUUGUCAAUCCUCUUAUGAAGCUUGGAUGGCGUAACUGGAUUGGUGCUAUUAUCUUUUUCUGGGGUUGGAUUCGUCAGCAUCGGUGUCAUAGAAUCCUUGGCUCACUACGUGAAUGCAGAGAAGAAAGUGGUGAAUAUGUAAUCCCUUAUGGCGAUUGGUUUGAACGUGUCUCAUGUCCCCGCUAUUUGGCCGAGAUGGUUAUAUAUGCGGGACUAGUGGUUGCAAGUGGAGGAUCAGACCUGACAAUCUGGUUGCUGUUUGGUUUUGUGGUGGCGAAUUUGGUCUUUGCAGCAGAAGAAACACAUAGGUGGUAUCAUAUUAAAUUCGACCACUAUCCAUGGGACCGGUUUGCUAUCAUCCCAUUAAUUUACUAAUUUGUGUGGCCUAUAUACAAAUUAUGUACAGAAUAAACAGAAAAUUGUGAAUAGGUGAGUUAGGAUUAUGGGCUUCUUUUUAAUCCCAGCUGUUGUAUAAUCUGGGUGUUUGCUGUAUAGGAGAUACUCCCAUGCGGUUGUAAGAAUGACAAGUUGAUAAAAGAUGGAAGACUGAUCCCUUCCUUGAU